AUGCGUCUCAUCAACACACAGACCCUCGACCUAGAGGAGUUCUUCGACAUCUAUGUGCCCGAAUAUGCCAUCCUCUCCCACACGUGGGCCGAUGGCGAAAUCUCCCUCCAAGAAUGGGCCGACCGCAAGAACCGCCGCUUCAAGCCCGGCUAUCAGAAGAUUAUGUGGACCUGCGAAGAAGCCAUCAGGGACAAUCUGCAAUAUGUUUGGGUCGACACCAACUGCAUUGACAAAACCAGCUCCGCGGAGCUUUCCGAAGCCAUCAACUCCAUGUUCAAAUGGUAUCGCCGGGCGCGCAUAUGCUAUGCCUAUCUUGAAGAUGUGCCACACAUGAGUGUCGCGGAAUGCGAAGACCAGGGCAGCGCUUUUCGAGCAGCGAAGUGGUUUACCAGAGGUUGGACCCUGCAGGAACUCAUUGCACCUCCAGAAGUCAAGUUCUUCUCACAAGAUUGGCGACCCAUUGGGACAAAAGCCGACCUAGCACUUUGUAUUUCUGAAAUUACCGGCAUCGCAUGGACAUGCUUGCUAAAGCCCAAAUUCUCCAAAUCUAAUCCACUUCGAGGAUAUAGCGUUGCUCAACGUCUCUCGUGGGCUUCGCGUAGAUCAACAACUCGCAUCGAGGACCAAGCCUACUCUUUAAUAGGCCUCUUUGACAUUACGAUGCCGCUUUUAUAUGGAGAGGGUCACGAGGCAUUUACGCGAUUCCUGGGGGAGAUUAUUGGCAAAUAUCCCGACCACAGCUUCUUCGCCUCGCAACUCCGGUACGUCGACUUUCUUCCGCGAUCGCCAAAGGAAUUUUGCGACUCCCGCAACGUGGUGAUUGGCAACUCGCCCCAGCUACAGAAACAUUACACGCCAGUGUCUCACUCGUAUCCAUUUCAGUUGACAAACACGGGCUUACAGAUCACGCUGCCUAUU